AUGGCAUCUUCAGAAUCCCUUUUUGGAAAUAGCUUCACAGGGGCAAGCACAGCCAACGCUACCGCAGGAAAUGACGAUGACUUGACUGCAAACAACAACAUUGAUAUCGACGUUGAUUUAGGUAAAACCUUGAUUACCUAUCGUGUUCUUGUGUCCAGAAGAGAGGCCGGCGCAAUCAUUGGUCGCAACGGCGACAACAUCACUGAGAUUAGAAAUAAUAAUAACGUCAAGGCGGGCGUUUCGAAAGUAGUCGACGGUUGUAUCGACCGUAUUCUGACCAUUUCUGGCAUGGUUGAUAAUAUUCCUGACACUAUGGUGGCCAUAGCCAGGUCCGUCACUAUUGCCAAUGCGGAAACUGUCAAACAGGCCGACGAGAAAGGCACGGAUCCAACCAAUUUGAUUACUUAUGAUUUCUUCCCCUUGAAACCCCUCACACAGAGACCUUUACCUAAUGAACCGGCUUAUGCCAACACUCUCUUCUUGAGACUACUAAUUCCAAAUUCCCAAAUAGGUACCCUGAUUGGUAAAGGCGGUUCCAGAAUCAAGAACAUUCAAGAGACUUAUAACGUUAAAAUGGUUGCCUCUAAAGGAUUCUUGGAGAACUCUACCGAGAGAUUGGUUGAGUUACAAGGUACAGAGGAAAACAUGCGGCCUGCCAUUGCUGCUAUUUCCAAAUGUUUACUCCGAGACUAUCAAGGUACUGCCACUACCACUUAUUACCUUCCCUCUGCAGCUAUGCCUGCCUACAGAAGACGCCGCGAGGGUAGAGGUACUGGAAAGGAAGUGAUUAAGAAGAUCACCUUUCCAAACGAAUACAUCGGUGCUCUCAUCGGUAAGAGAGGAUCAAGAAUUCAGGAAGUGAGAAGACUAUCCAGCUGUGCCAUUGCUAUUGAAUCCGACUCCGAAAAUGGUGUUUCUAACCACGGCGAAAGAGAAAUCACCAUAAUAGGAACGAGAGCAAACAUCGACCAUGCCGUGGAGAUGUUGAACGAUUAUUAUCAACGGGAAAGACAGAGAAGGGAGGAGAUGGAGGAGUAG